CAAUACAAGAUCUUCCUUCCUCAGUUCUCUUAAAUCACAGCCCAGGGAAACCUCCUCAGAGCCUGCAGCCAGCCACGCGCCAGCAUGUCUGGGGGCAAAUACGUAGACUCCGAGGGACAUCUCUACACUGUUCCCAUCCGGGAACAGGGCAACAUCUACAAGCCCAACAACAAGGCCAUGGCAGACGAGGUGACCGAGAAGCAAGUGUACGACGCGCACACCAAGGAGAUUGACCUGGUCAACCGCGACCCCAAGCAUCUCAACGACGACGUGGUCAAGAUCGACUUUGAAGAUGUGAUUGCAGAGCCAGAAGGGACACACAGUUUCGACGGCAUCUGGAAGGCCAGCUUCACCACCUUCACUGUGACAAAAUAUUGGUUUUACCGCCUGCUGUCGACCAUCUUCGGCAUCCCAAUGGCGCUCAUCUGGGGCAUUUACUUCGCCAUUCUCUCUUUCCUGCACAUCUGGGCGGUUGUACCGUGCAUCAAGAGCUUCCUGAUUGAAAUUCAGUGUAUCAGCCGUGUCUACUCCAUCUAUGUCCACACCUUCUGUGAUCCACUCUUUGAAGCUAUUGGCAAGAUAUUCAGCAAUAUUCGCAUCAGCACGCAGAAAGAGAUAUGAGUGACAUUGCAAGGAUGGAAUGGUUCCUCCCCCCCUUACUAUUUUCUUGGUGCCAAUUCCAAGUUGCUAUCGCAGCAGCAAUUUAUGAAUGGUUUGUCUUGGUCGAGAACAAAGAAUUCAUUCCCUUCAUUUUCAUAUAUACUACUUGUCUCUUCUGAGCUUCUGCAUCUAGUUUUGACAGUUUGGAAUGUUUAAAUGCAUUCCUACUCUCUCUUUUUAUGUGGGCCAUUGUUUAAUUGGCUAAAAUAUAAACAUAUUGUUGAAAGAUGAUUUGAGAAAAAAUAGGAAGGACUGGGAGGUUGGGGGUGGGGCGAAGAUUACCAACAACCUCAACUGCACACUCGAGGGAAGAGUUUCAGGAUAUGGCCAUGUUUUUAGGGGCAUGAAGGCAGGUUUUCAAUAUAUCCCAGCUCUCUGAGGAGUUGGCUGUUGUCAUCACCCUUAACAAUCCAGUGCAAUCUAGUGAUCACCAUCAAUUUGGAGACUGUAAUCUUCAUGUUCGUGAUACCAACAACGUCUUACUCAUCCUGACAUUUUAACCUGCUAUUUUGUGUGCCUGAAUAUUUGCUAUACCGAGCAUAAGACCUAAGUGCCUUCUAAUUGUCCAUGGUUUUUUUUUUUUUUUUUCAAAUAGAGUCUAACUCAUCUACUUGCAUUAUGCCGGCAGCUUUCCUAAAAAGAAAACAUGCACCGUCUACUUGUUAGCUCUCUCUACUUGCUUCUGACUCUGAGAUACAGAAGCUGUUGAUGUUGAUAUCUGUGCUUGGCUAUGUAGCAUCUUCCUCUAUGUUAAUCUGGUCAACAUUAACCCAAUGAAAUGAUUUGAAGCCAACACGUGGGGCUGAGAACCAUGGACUGGCAGAAGUAGAAGCCAGCUUUUCCUGCCAGUCAGCAACUGAACGAGGUCAGCACGUCUAUUCUGUUUUGCUCCUUUUCAAGAAUAAUCACACGUUCCCGACUCUAAGCUAACCCCUCACCGGGAUAGAGGUUUACUGACCGACUGGGAUGGUUUAGGGGCUCCACACUGUGCUCCCUUUCCAGCUGAUGAGUGAGCCUCCAGGGAGGGGUGUCAAAAAGGAGGAGACUGCCAAACCUGUUGUAAGCCUGGCCCCUUCUAUGCAUAGCCCUCGCAAUCAUCUGUAAUGCUGUGAAGCUUGCUCUCCCCCUGCGAGGAGCUGUUGGCCUAAUUCAACCAUCAUUUUGUUCAGAGAGAAGGUGGGGGAGGGGUGGUAACAAAAGCUUGAGGUAGCAUUCAUGCUGGAAUAAGUUCAAGUUUUUCUGAACCCAAACUGAGGAAAUUCACCUGUGUACCUGAGUCUCCAGAAAGCUGCCUGCCUGGGACACCCUAAAGCUUUUUAUUCCCUGCUCACAUUACAGCUCUGCCCUCGGGGAUGUUUUCUAAAUUCCAGAUAGGCACUUAUUUUCACUCUCAUACAUUUAUUGGAACCCUGCUUGGCCUGUUUUCUCCUUCAGUUUUGCCAACACAUUCCCAACCUGCUACCUACUUUGAUUGUUUGCAUUUAUAACAGACACUGGCGUGGCCACAGUUCGGCUUUUUAAACUGUGUGCGUAACUGAAAGUGUACUAGACUGUAUACCUUUUUAAACGUAGAGCUAUUCUUUAUCUUUAUGUAGGGAGAAUCACUUUGGAAAUGGUUCUACGAUUCAGUCUGUAAACUGUGUGUUCCGAGACCUGUCUGUUCUUCCUAGAUACUCAGCCUCACGCAAGUCAAUUGCUGAUCCAAAAGGUUACUGAAAUUUUAUAUGCUUACUGAUAUAUUUUACACUUUUUUAUGCUGCAUGUCCUAUAAAGAUUUCAAAUCUGCACAAUAAAAUCGUUUAACAGUUAA